UCUGUGCACCUCCAGUUGAAGGCUUCUGGACGUCACCACGACACUUCAGGGAAAGCUCAGACUGCAUUUUUGAAAGACUAACAAUGAGUUGUUCAAACGCAUGAACUGCAAAAGUCUACUUUGCACACGGUUACACCUGCAUAGCCUCAGAUUUCAGCGAACGAACCAAUAGCUGAGUGAAGACAUAGCGCGCGGCGCACAGGGACAGAUCAUGCACUGUCAAGCCGAGCUGAGGCUCUCUUCCCCGGGUCAGCUGAAGGCUGCCAGGAGGCGCUACAAGACUUUCAUGAUUGACGAGAUCCUCUCUAAGGAGACCUGUGAUUAUUUUGAGAAACUUUCUCUAUACUCAGUGUGUCCAUCGCUCAUUGUUCGACCGAAGCCUCUUCAUUCAUGUUCUGGGUCCUCAUCACUACGUGCCUACCCUCUCCUCUCAGUGAUCACGCGGCAGCCGCCCCACAUCCCUCAGGUGUCCUCUCCGGUCGGGGUCCCCUCGCACCUGCCGUUGCUGUCCCCGCAGCACCAUCGGGGGGGCUCCGAGCCCUCACCGAGCCAGACGCCCCUUAGCAUCAGCAGCGAGUCGGACACAGAGCACAGCGUGCCUCGCCUGAAGAAGCCGCGUCGCAGCCGCACCAUCUUCACCGAGCUGCAGCUGAUGGGCCUGGAGAAGAAGUUCCAGAAGCAGAAGUACCUGUCCACACCUGAUAGGUUAGACCUGGCCCAGUCACUCGGUCUCACACAGCUCCAGGUGAAGACAUGGUACCAAAACAGGCGAAUGAAGUGGAAGAAAUUGGUGCUCAAAGGAGGUCAUGAGGCCCCGACUAAGCCCAAGGGAAGACCCAAGAAGAACUCCAUCCCCACCACAGAGGAAAUAGAAGCAGAAGAACGGAGAUUGAAGAUCGAGGAUGAGGAGAGGAAGAGGAGGGCGGGCGAGAAAGCAGCACUGGCAUCGCAGCUCGAGCCUGAAGAUCUCAGUACAGAAACUCACAAUCCAGCAGCGACGAUGGAGGGAUCUGAGGGAGAGCUUCUGAUGCAGUCGGAGACUCAAACAGCCAGCUAGAGCAGAACAAAGCAAACCAAAGACUAAUGCCUAACCUGAAAACAAAGAGUGCCUCAGGAUCACUGUAAAAAAAAAGCCUGCGUGGUGUUUAAAGCCAUAAUGCUUUACAAGUUUGACUGGAAAUGUAUCGAUGGUAUCACAUCUAUACCUGAUGCAGCCUUUUUAUAUUUUUGUGCAUUUGCAAAUGUACCAAACAGAGAGCUAACGUGUAUAGACACUGAUUGUGCUGGCAGAACUGUGGCCUUUAUUUUAAGCAGGUAUACCAAGCAUAAGGAGUGUUAAUCUGUCCAAUCCAAGUCGGUCUGUAACAGCUCAACCAUGAAUCAUGCGUCACCUUUGUGUGCAUUACAGCCAUUAAAGAUCACUGAUCCUCUAAGCUGCCUCAAAGCUACAUAAUGCACAUGCCAAAAAUAUCGAGAUAUGCCUUAUUGUAGUGUCUUUCUAUAUAAAUGUUCUAUAAAUCACUGCACUGCCAAAUACCACAACAUUUAGUUGCUACAGUGCCUUGUCUCAGAGGAGCUUUACAAGUGUUGAUACAGUAUCUAUUAAAUGCCAGUAUAUAUUUUGCAGUGAUUUUCUAUUCAAAGUUCUUUUCUUUUUUUUAGAGGGAAAUAAAUUCUUUUAAGAUUCUGCACAGCUUUAUGCUGAACAUGUGCCUUUUGUUUGGCCAAUAAAGCUUGCAUUUGUAUCGUUCUACCUGAAGAUGAAAAGAGAAGCCACAGACUGUAUCAUACUGUAGAAAUGUGUAUAAAGUAUAAAAUAUAUGAUCUUUUGGAUAUCUUGGUAAAACAGUAUUUUAAACUGCUGUUUUA